AAAAUAUUUAUUCUAAUUGUUUAAUUGCUAAAAAAUUACAAUAUAACAUUGAAGAGCUUAAAUAUAGGUUUACAACAAAUAUUUUAAGCUUAAAUAUUAAACAACUUGCUAUAUAUAAUGCUGUAAUUUUUGCUGUUGAUAAUAAUUAUUCUGCUCUUUUUUUUGUUAAUAGUCCUAGUAGUUCAGAAUUGCAGCACUUUUAUUAA